AUGGGGAAAAUUGCUCGUUUUAUAGGUGAUGGAUUCCGUAAUAUGGCUUCUGCGACAAACAAAAUGCCUCAUUUCAAGAUUCCUGCUGAUCAGCACGGUUCUGCAGUAAAAUUCUCGCCUUUCCAUCGCAAUCGCUUAGCAGUUUCCGCUUCUCAACCAUUUGGAGGUCUCGGAGCGGGUGCUCUUUUCAUCUUGAACUGCACCGACGACCUUUUUCAAGAACAAAAAUUUCAAUGGCAAGAUGCCUUAUUCGACGUAGUUUGGUCCAAAAAUAACGAAAACCAAGUUUUAACAUCUUCCGGCGACGGUUCUUUGCAACUUUGGGACCUCACAGAAAACGGCGGCGCAAUUCAAGUUUUUAAAGAACACUCCGCUGAGGUUUAUUCCGUCGAUUGGGCGACAAUUAAUCAAAAUCCCCAAAUGUUGAGCGGCGGUUGGGAUGGAAAAGUGAAAUUAUGGGAUCCGACGAGAAAAAAUUCCAUUAUGACUUUCGAACAUGGCGUCGAUUCAAAAUGCGAACACAACAGUUUAUUUAGUUCUGUGGGAAGCGAUCAUCUUUUGCGCAUCUGGAAUUUGCAUGAAAAACAACCAAUUUCCGUGAUAAAAACGAAAGGAAAUGAAAUUUUGUGCUGUGAUUGGGUCGAAAAAAGCGAAAAUAUCGUCGGAAUCGGCACAGACAACGGAAAUUCUUACAUUUUUGACUUGCGACAUGCGAAAAAAGAAGUUGCUUGUCUCAAAUCGGGCGGAGAAACAGCAAUUCGUGGGAUGAAAUUCUCACCGCAUGAAACUUCGAUCGUUGCAACUGUCGGUUAUGACUCAAUAACGCGAAUUUGGGAUUUCAAUAAUCCGAAAGAACCGUUGGAGGCAAUUUGUCAACAUAUGGAUUGUGUUUGCGGAGUCGAUUGGGAUCCUUUUAAUGCUCAAAGAAUGGCGGAUUGUGGAUGGGACUCCAUAAUUAAUGUUUUUAAUGUGAAUUUGAAACGUGAAUGA